AUGGAUGCUGUGUCUCGAAGACUUUUGAAAGAAUUGCGUGAGAUAGAUAAGGAAGCUGAAGCUCAUCCUGAAAUUGUAGAAUUAGCACCUGAAUCUGACGACGAUCUAUUACGUUGGAGAGCAAUUUUAGCUGGUCUGCCAGACACACCUUAUGAAGGAGGACAAUUCGAACUUGGCAUUGAAGUUCCUUCUAACUAUCCCAUUCAGCCGCCCAUCAUCAAGUUCAUCACUCCCAUUUGUCACCCCAACGUGCAUUUUAAAACAGGGGAGAUCUGCCUCGACAUUCUGAAAACAGCUUGGUCACCUGCUUGGACCUUAAAAUCAACCAUUCUAGCCAUUUCUGUCCUUCUCAAUAACCCCGAACCUAGCUCACCACUAAACUGCGAUGCAGCCAACUUAUUGAGAUGCAAAGACAAAUUAGGUUAUGAAAGCUUAAUCCGCAUGUAUACCCAACUCUUUGCGGUCAAACAAUAA